AAAAAUAUAAGGGUUGACGUAUAAUUUCAAAAUGUUUUUGAUUUUGAUAUUAAUAUAUUGGGUUGAUGCAUUUCAUCAGGAUCCUGCACCAAGCUUCCUCAGUGACUGGAUAAGCAUGACUGCUAACACAUCCACUGCAUUCAUUAAUAUACGACACAUGCUAGGAGAGCUCCCACUCCUUGUCAAGGUAGAGGCUAAGACAGAUGAGGGGUGGAUCUUUCCAGGUUUUGGAUCCGCACAGACAGACGAUGACUCUGGAGAUCUUUAUGGAGGAGUGGUCUUUAUAUACGAUAAAAUAAGUAUUCAAAUAUAUGUCCCUCACUGGAACAACAAUAAAAAAGGACGAAAAAAAUGGACAGCUCACUACAUAGGAAAUCCAUAUAAAUGGAUUGGGCCGGACGGGAUAAAAAGAGAGUACGUGUCCAUUCAUGUACGUGCUAGGGCUUGGAAGUCAAGUAAUAUGCCUCCACCCUCGUGGAAAAGUGGAACUAUUUCUGUUCGGAGAGGUGAGUGCAUCAAUACAACACUCGAACACUCCCUUCUGAGGUAUCCAGACUUAGUCGUCGCUCAGAUCAACACGCCUAUCGGGACUUUUCAAGGUCAAGGACUUUCAUCGCUUGCAGUUGCUCUAAAUAUCUCUCUCUCUCUCUCUCUCUGGUGUAGACUCAUAUCCAUUACUCAACACUUUGGUGGUGUUUUAUAUGGUGUUAGCGAGACUCAUAUUCGGUUAUGGUCAGCCUGUAAUGUAAAUGGACAAUAUAAUGCUGCUAAAUUGUUUUCUGUUGCUGACGGAUGGGGCAAGAGAGGUUUCAAGCAAGAAUCAACGGGAAAUAUUACAGUCUUUGUAUGGAAAUUGACCACUAGUCCACAACAAAUAACCAAAAGAUUGAAACUUGCAGAUCUCCAAAAUCAUGGCUACAGUUUAUCUAUGCCAAAAACCUUGACAUCAGAAGAGUUUCUUCUUGUUCAGGUUGAAGUGCUUGAAGGGCCAAACAAGAACUUCCGGUUUGAUGGAGUUGGUUCCGUUAUGAAUGAGAGAGAUCCUUAUGGAGGACUGGUGUACGGAUACAACGAUACAACUCUUGGUAUCUGGAUCCCACACCCGAACAAAAUAAACCAGAGGGGGACUGCGGUUUUCUUAUUAGGGGAAAUAUGGGGCUGGGGCUACAAAAGUCAAAUGACAGAUGAAGUCGACAUAAUUAUCACAUCGGUGAUAAAACCCGGAUGUCAGUGCCCGUGUUCGGUGGUUGGAUCUAUUCCUAUACAGGCAAAUGAGACAGAGAAGCUGAUACAAAGAAUAGCAGAGCUGAAAACCAAUUUGACAAUUAGCAGAAAGAAGACUUCUAAAGCAUUGCGAAAAAAGAUAAGUGUGCCUGAUUCUCGUCCGUCGGCUCAGAACUUAGGGACUGUGAUAGGGGCUGGGGUUUUAAUUUGUUUUUUUGGUCUCAUUGUAAUUAGCGAUUUCCCAAUUUUAUGGUCACAAUUCAAAAGAAAUAUCUUGAAUGUUCGUUAAUUAUGAUU